AUGGCUUCCUCCAGGUGUCUGUACACCCCAGCGCCUUCUCUCGAAACUUCUUUUGCUGCUUCCGAAGCAGCAACAAGCGCGCCUAGUCAAGAGCAAGAGCUGGAAGCUGCAGCGAAAAGUCGGGAGAGCUUCGGAGAGCCGGCGACGCGGCGAGCAGCAGCAGCAGCAGCAGCAGCAGCAGGAGGGGGGGGCUGCUUCUGGGCGCCGGCGACUUGUGCUGCAGGGCCAAAAGUGGCUGCUGUUUGCUACUUGCUGUACACUUGGGGGAUCGCAGCGACAGUCUUCUGCGCCUUCGUCGAUUUCCACUUUGGCUGGCGCCCCGUCUUCGUCUUUGCUGCUGCCUUUUGCUUCCUCGUCGGCCUGCUGCAGCAGCAGCUGCUGCAGCGCCUGCUGGCCUCUGCGAGCGAGGGUCACCCAGAGAUCCAGCUGGCGCUGCAGCAGAGACCAGCAGCAGCAGCAACAGCAGCAACAGCAGCAGCCGCAGCAACAGGGAAGCCGGCCGCGCUCCCCGCAGGAGCUGCUGCUGACGGCGAAAAUUCACCCGCAGCAGCAGCAGCAGCAGCAGCAGCGGGCGGCGAUGCGGGCGCUGCUGGGCGUGGCGAGUCGGAGUGUCUGUGUGGCUCUGGAGACACCGGCGCCCCUGGGGUGCCGCUGUUCCCCGCUGCUGCUGCUGCUGCUGCUGCUGCUGGGGGGCGGAGCGCGUGCUGCGGGGGCCAGCAGCAGCGGCUGCUGGUGCUGCUGUGCUCCUUGUGUUACUUUUUGGUGAAGUUCGUGCGCUAUGCCCUCGUCUUCUGGCUGCCUUUCUUCCUCAGCCAACAAGCAGGACUUUCUGUUGCUGCUGCUGCUGUUGCUGCUCUCGCCUUCGACUUCGGAGGAGCAGCAGGAGCUGUUGCCAGCGGCCUUCUCGCCGACCGCUGCCUCAAAGGCCGGCGGCUGACUCUUUCUGCCAUUCUUUGUCUCUCAACUUCCAUUUUUCUUUUUUUUGUUUUUUAUUCUUCUGAAGAAAUGGCGAAAGUCCGCAGCAGCAGAGAGGGCCUUCAGCUGUACAGACAGCUCCAGCUGCAGCAGCUGCAGCGCCAGCUGCAGCACGACUGGACGCAGCUGCAGCAGCACGACAGCUACAGAGACUUCAAAGCUGCUGCUGCUCGUCCUGUUGCUGCUGUCCCCGGUGCUGCAGCUGCUGAUGCUGCUGAGGACCGAGCCAACGCUGCUGCUGCUCCUGCUGCUCCUGCUGCUGCUGCUGUGGCAGCAGAAACACGCAGCAGCGACUCCCUCCGCACCGGCGCAGCAGCAGCUAAUGAGGCCAAGGGAGGCCCUGCCAGGAUAUCAGGGGCAGCAAGAGCAGCAGCAGCAGCAGCAGCAGCAGCAGCAGAUCCAAAAGCAGCAGAAGUUGCAAAGAAAGCAGCACAUGUUGCAGCAGCAGAACAUGCAGCUCCUUCCGCUGAUCCUCAAGACAUUUUCGCAAACGCGCAGCAGCAGCAACAACAACAGCAGCAGCAGCAACAGCAGCAGCAGCAGCAGCAGCAGCAGCAGCAGCAGCAGCGCCAGGUAGCAGCAGCAGCAGCAGUUCAAAGUGCCCCCGUCUCCUUCUCUUUUAAACUCAAAGGCCACAACAAAGUGAAAGAAGAAAUGCAAAGGAAUCUGCAGGUGGCAGCAGCAGACACAGAUGCAGCAGCAACAGCAGACGCAGCAGCAGCACCAGCAGCGUCAGAUACAGCAGCAGCAACAGAAGCAGCUGCAGAAGCUGCAGCAAAUUCGACAGCAGCAGCAACACCAGUGGCAGCAAUUCCCAGCAUUGUGCGUUUUAGCGAAGAAGAGGAGCAGCAAAUAGCAGCUUUGCUGCUGCGGCACUCGAACUCGCAGCUGCUGCUGCUGCAGCAAAUAGAAGACAAGAAGGAGCAGCUGCAGCAGCAGCAGCUGCAGCAGCUGCUGCUGCUGCUGUUCUGCGUGAUGCUCGUGGGCUUCCUGAACGCAGGCCCAGACGCAGUGCUGGGAGCAGCAGCAGCAGCAGACAUCCAAGAACUGGAAAUGGCAGCAAAUAAUAAUAAUAAUAACAAUAACAACAACAACAAUAAUAAUAAUAAUAAUAAUAAUAAUAAUAAAAGUGAUAAUAAUAAAACUGCUGCUGUUGCUGCUUUCAUCAACGGCGUGGGAGCGCUGGGGGCCCUUUGCCAGGUGGGCGGGAAACAGCAAAUUGCUGCUGCUGCUGCUGCUGCUGCUGCUGGAAUUUAA